CAUUCAGGGGACAUCAACUCCUCCCACAAACUCUCCCAUUGUUAACAUUUAAUUGGCUGUUGAUCAUAAUAUGUUUGCAUACCUUGUUGGUACAUAACUCAUUGCCGUAAUAGAUUAUUCAAAGGGAUCUUUACUAUUCAUUUUAACAAGAAGCUGCCUGUGGAAAACACACCAGAAAAUUGUAUAGAUCAUGGCAGUACUGAAACUGAAAAAGUUUAACAUGGAAAUGUCAUCAAAUAUGUCCGACCACUGGACUGAGUACUACAAUAAUGGGACUCUGAUACUGAGAAGAGGAUAUCCAAUUCGCAUUACCUUGAACUUUAACAGGCCCAUUCAAAAAGGGGACAAAGUGCAAUUCAUUGCAACCACAGGACCUUCCCCCGAGGAGUCUGACAAAACAAUGGCCAUCUUUUCAUUAUCUGACUCUGAAAGUGAUUAUCCAUGGAGUGCUUUUCUAGAAUCCAGCUCAUCAGCAGAUGUAAACGUUGUUAUCACCAGCCCAGCAGAUGCUGUAAUUGGUUAUUACAACUUUAACAUGCACAUAUUGUCCAAGAGGAAGAGUUCACACUUUAAACUGCAUAAUUUCAUCCUUCUAUUUAACCCAUGGUGUGAAGAUGAUUUGGUGUAUAUGGAGGAUGAAAAUGAGCGACAGGAGUAUGUUUUAAAUGACAGUGGUAUUAUUUACUAUGGACUUGAAGACUAUAUUGAUCAGCAAGGAUGGAAUUUUGGACAAUUUGAAGAAAACAUUCUGGACAUCUGCCUUACGAUGUUAGACAAGAGUUUAAAUUAUCAAGAAGAUCCUGUCCUGGAUUGUUCGAAGAGAAAUGAUCCAGCCUAUGUGGGUAGAGUUGUUAGUGCAAUGAUAAACAGUUUUGAGGAUGAAGGCGUAGUGGAAGGACAAUGGACUGGAAAUUUCUUGGGUGGGGUUGACCCCAAAACAUGGAGUGGAAGCGUAGAAAUACUUACAAAAUGGCAGAGAAGUCGAUACAAGCCAGUGAAAUAUGGCCAGUGCUGGGUAUUUGCUGGUGUAAUGUGUACAGUUCUUCGGUGCUUGGGGAUUCCAACUAGAGUGGUCACAAAUUUUGCUUCAGCUCAUGACAAAAAUGGAAAUCUCAUGGUUGAUAACAUUUAUACCACAUCUGGACGAAACAAGAGUAAAGACACGCUGUGGAACUACCAUGUCUGGAAUGAGAGCUGGUUCAAAAGAAAUGAUCUAGGCUCAGAAUAUGAAGGAUGGCAAGUGCUGGAUGCUACCCCACAAGAGUUAAGUAAAGGUGUUCAUCGUUGUGGUCCUACUUCAGUCCACGCUAUCAAAGAAGGAGAUGUGCACUUAGACUAUGAUGCAGCUUUUGUUUUUUCUGAAGUAAACGCAGAUCGCGUUACCUGGAUUUACUACGAUAAAGAUAUACAAGAGAAAGUGUACUCUAAUACCAGUUUUGUUGGGAAACACAUCAGCACAAAAUCUGUGGACAGUGAUGAACGUGCAGAUAUUACAGAGAGCUAUAAAUACCCAGAAGGUUCUGAAGAAGAAAGACAGGUAUAUUUGAAAGCCCGCAAUAAGUUGAAGGAGAUGGGAGAUACUAAUGAGAAGGUUCCUGGAAAAAGGGGGGUUGAGAAAAAACGUAAGAGAAAGAGAAACCAUGAUGCAAUAUCACCAGACGCUGAUGAAAAACCAGCCAAGUUAGACGUUACAGGAAAGUUCAAACUGGUUGAGUCUCCCAAGUUUGGUGACGAUAUCAAUCUAAAACUCCUCCUAAAAAAUUCUGUCACGAAGAGACAUUCUGUGAAAGUGAAGCUAAGUUCUUCUACCAUUGAGUAUACUGGGAUACCAUUUGCUGAAGUAUUUACUGAUGAAAUCUCAGUAACUCUUGACUCUAUGGAAGAGAAAGAGAUACCGUUAAGCAUCGCUGCUGAUGACUUUAUGGAGGGACUGACUAAAGACGCUCUUAUUGAAGUGGCUGCUUUGUGUGAAUUAAAAUCAAAAAAGAAGAUGUUGGUUAGAAAGGUUGUAAGUGUAGAAAAGCCUCCUCUCCAUAUCAAGCCUGUUGGUAUUCCUGUUGUGGAUAAGCCAUUUGAACUAGAGAUAGUCUUCACCAAUCCUCUUUCGGAGACAGUUACAGAUGGAGUUAUGGUGCUUGGAGGCAGUGGGUUGAUCAAGAAGCAGCUGAAGAAAAAACUACGCAAGCUGGAGCCCAAUGUCAUGUCAGCAAUCCUGGUAGAGAUCAUACCAUACAGAAGCGGUACCAAGCAGCUGGUAGUGGAUUUUACAUCAAAAAAGUUUCCAACUAUUAAAGGAUUCCUCAAUAUAGAGGUUUUAGAUACCAUGUAAUCAAUACAAUGCUAAGCUGUAUAUUAAAGUGACGUAAAACAUGUUGAGAUCUGUGCAUAUCCUAAAAGUUUGAAUUAAGUAAAAAUAGUUUGCAUAAAAAAAAUUGUUUAAAACCUGCUGGCAUGUAUUUUAAAAUUUUCAAAAAUAUGCUAAAUUAGUUACAUAGCCAUUCUGUCUGGAGUAGUGUGAUCCACCUCCCCUUAUCAGUGUUUAGCAUCAGACACACAGCCAUUGUAUUUCAACUGAGUUCACAACAUCUUAUUUGCUUCUAGACAUGCUCCAGCAAAUAAUGAGUGUUAAAGCCUUGUAUUCUACCAAAGCAAAGGUGGAGAUAGAUACAUCCAUAUAAGGAAUUGUGUGGGGGAGUUAGAGGUGUACAAUUCAAAAACUUAAAAGAAAAGGUUAAUGGUGAGACACUGCAGUAUAAAUUUGCAAGUAAAGUAAUUAAAGUACAUAUUAUUAUAUUUUGUCUCUGCCCCCAACUUGUUUUAUGUCUCUUUAAAUCUUCAUAGAACCAAAGGUUUUUAAUCGAUAUGGAGUUGAUAAUGGCCUAAUAUGUCCGAGGGAUGGGUUUAACACUAAAUUAAUAAUAUUAAUACAUGAUGUGUGCAAGGAGCCAUUUUGUGUACUUUUAUAAAUAACAUGUAUUUAAUGUCAAAGCAGUAACUAAAAAAAGUCUAAAACAUUAAGGCUGUGCAAUAGAAAAUAUUAUUUUUUUACUUUCUAAUGCACUAGAAAAGAUCCCACUGUGUGUUCACAACAAAAUACCAUUAGUGGUUUUUUUUUCUUGUAAAUUUACCUCAUAUCUAUAAUUAUUCUAAUCUUUAAUUGGCAUAAUCUAAUUAUAUAUAGUGCUAUAAUUAAAGGGGCAUGUUAUUCAACAUAAAUUAAACUAAAUAUUAUCCUGUAUACAACUAUGAGAGAUUUUUUUUUAUCAUGUAUACCUGAUAUGAUUACGUUAUAUAAAUAUAUUCAAGGCCCAUAUACAGAGUUGACAGAAGCUCAGUUUAUUCCAAGGCAUUUGUUUGUGACAAAAGGUUACAAUAUAAGGCUGGAGGAAAGGAGAUUUAAUCUCUAACAACAUAAACAUUAUUUAAUUGUGAAAGUAAUCAAAUUAUGGAACAUCUUGCCUGAGGAGGUAGUGACUGCCAAUACCUUAUAUACAUUUAAAAAGGUUUAGAUGCAUUUCUGGCUAGAAACAUAAUUCAGGGAUAUAAUUGCUUGGGUUUAAUGGGAAGUAUUUCUAAUUGUAUUAAUGUAAGCUCAAUUGGAAGCUUCUUUAUUGUAAAUCAAGUAGGAUCUGUAUAGAUUGAACUUGAUGGACUUAUGUAUAUGCUUUCAAACUUAUCUUCUAUGUUUUGAUGUUACUAUGUAUGUCACCUGGGUAUUGCUUUCAUUAAAACUUAUACCUUACUAGAGUAACAACACUGUGAACAGUUACCAUUCAGCUACUCUUUUUCUUUUCAUCUGAAAAAACCCAAACAGAAACAGGCAAUCAGCAUUAUCAGUGGUGAGUUCACAUUUUGCUUUUCAAAUACUUUCCUUAAACUGAGGAGGAAGACAAAAUGACUGUGUGUGCACAUACCAGAUGCAUUCUACCUGAGACAAGCAUCCAGAUUGGCAGGUUUACAUCUCUCUAAAGUAGGAUGUGGCCAUUAAGGAAAUUUUCAGCUUAAAAUCUUGUUUACAAAAAAAUGCUCAUAUGAUAUUUUCUUGUCAUCUUUUUACAUACAGAUAUGCUGCAUCACUUUCAAGUGAUUCUGCAUAUGGGUAACAUUUCCCUUUAAGAAAUGUAUACUAAAAUUGAAUUUAUAUAAUCCAGCUAUAUUUUUAAUUCUGUAAAUAAAUGUAUUGAUUUGGAAAUGUA